AUGGACCAGAGUAAAGGGGCCUCUGCGGCCCUGUACCAACAUCUCGUCCCAGUGCGGGACAUUCUGGGGGCAGAUGCGUUCGAAUACGUGGCUUCAGCGGCAGCCUCCCUACUGGAGGAACUAGAGGACGUUCAGGACCGGGCGAAAUGCGAGGAAGACCUCAGGGAGUUCCUCUGCCCAUACGUAGAGGCGGGCUUGAGCCCGAAGGUCGUGGACGACUUGCUUCAUUUGCUUCCCAAGUUUCCCAAGAAGGAGCUCAAAGAGCUCCAAGAGCUCCAAGAGCCAGACUGGUCACACCACCUGUGCCAUGUGGAGAAUCUUACACUGCUCUAUGGAGGUGGCGCAAAGCCCCUACUGAGGCAUGCCACGUUUGACAUCCAGAAAGGCCGCUGCUAUGGUCUAGUGGGAAGCAAUGGCCGGGGCAAGACCACUUUGAUGUCGAAGUUAGCAGCAGGACAGUUGUUGCAGUUGCAGUCGAAGGGUCUCAGCUGCUGCUAUAUCCAGUAUGAGGAGGUGCUGGCAGGAGUUGACCCGACCAUGCCAUGCUCUGAGUAUGUACUUGCAAAAGCAGGAACAGAGGGCGUGCCUGGCUUAGAACAGCUCCCAGCUGAACUGCCAGUUGGAAAGCUGAGUGGCGGAUGGAGAAUGCGCCUGGCAUUGGCAUGCGGGCUUGCACGUGACGAUGAUCUUUACUUACUUGAUGAGCCUACGAACCACCUGGAUUCUGCAAGCAAAGACUGGCUGCAGGAUCGCCUGGCUCAGAGCGGCAAGACUUUCAUGAUCGUCUCGCACGAUCUGCGAUUUCUCGAGAGUGUGUGCACUGACGUUAUUCACAUUACCAAUGAUGGCAAGCUGGAAUACCACAGCGUAGGCUCCAGGCAAUUCCAGGCGCUUCUCCCAAGCGCCUCAAGUGCCUCGGGCGAGCUUGUGGAGGCUGCAUGUCCCAGUUCUGCAAUCACAUUCCCAAAUCCCGGCAUGGAAGGCUUGCCCCAUGUCCUAGCAGCACUCACAGAGUGCAGCUACAGGUAUGCAGACCAGCAAAGGCCUACCCUGACAGAUGUUUCGCUGGAGCUGACCAGGAAAUGUCGUAUCGGAGUGGUGGGAAAGAAUGGCGCAGGCAAGUCCACCCUGCUGAGUUUGCUUGCACGGGAUGUGCUACCUUGCGAGAGCGAUUCUGUGUGGCACCACAAGGACGUCAGGAUCGCCUAUGUAGCUCAGCAACACUUCUACCACCUGUCGGAACAUUUGGCAGGCACAGCGGUCGAGUAUAUCCAGGCCAGGUUUGCAACGGGUUGGGAUGAGGAGCUUCGAGCACGCCUCGUGCCCAGUCAAGACAGCCGUGAGCUGGCUGCCAAACAUGGUGGCAGGCCUUUCUACUGGGAUGGAACCUCCAACUCUUGGAAGGGCCGUGAGGUGGCCGAAGUCCUGGAAAGGAAGAUGGAAGAUGGAAUGCUGCACUACCUUGUGCGCUGGAAGGUGGAGGCGGCUGAGGAGAAUGACGGCAUCGUUGCCAGGAACACAUGGGAGGCAUCUCAUCGGCUGCGGGAGAUGGGUGCGGAGAUGUUGUGUGUAGCCUUUGACAGCAGGGCCGCGUACUCGCGCAUGGCCGCGCGGCCCUUGAAUGCUGAGGAGGUCAUUCGCCACUUGCGUUCAGUAGGCUUCACAGACAGCAUGGCGCAACGGCCCAUCAAGAGCUUGUCUGCCGGUGAGAUGAGCAAGUUGGUUCUGGCAGCAGCUCUUUGGAUCAAGCCACACCUCGUGUUACUCGAUGAGCCAACAAACUUCAUUGAUUCGGAGGCAACUCUGGCUCUUGAAGCCGGCCUCAAGUCCUUCCAGGGAGGCGUCGUGGUGGUGAGCCACAACCAUGGCUUCUUGCAAAAGCUUUGCACUUCCUUUUGGUGCCUGGAGCAGGGCCACCUUCGAAUCCUAGGCAGACGAGGUGAAGACAGGAGCUGCCUCAUCAAGUCGAAGCUGUGUGAGCAAAGAGCAAAACGGGAGGAGCAGCUGGCAAGAGUGCGUAAGGCAGCUGAAACCAUCCUGGAGGUCAAGCCUGAGAAUGUGGGAGAAAUUGCGAGCAGGACCUUGGUGCUGGAGAUCUUCCAGCGCUUUCUCGACUUUACCUUGCCACGUGAGGCCAUCCAGCUCGCGGCAGAGAUGUUCAUGACGCUGGCAGACGAGCGCAGGCCUGCCCAUGGGCGAGACUGGCUAUUGGCCGUGCUAGAAGCCGUCUUGCAUGUGGGCUCCUACACGUUGCACGAGGAGCUUGGUCUUGCUGGAAUGUCACCUGUUUUGGUUGCGCUUGUGAAAGGCCUCCUUCGAAGGGGGGCUGUGUGCGGGGUCGAUGAUGGUGCACAUCUGGGUGUUACCCUUGCUUGCGAUCUACAUCGCCUGCAGUUUCGCGCCAAAGCCUCGUGCUACGGAGGAUGUUGCUACUGUGGCACCGAGCUGGCACCUGAGGAAGUGGAAGCUCAUGGCAGAAAGUGCUACAUGUCCCCGUUUCGGCUGGGCCGCCAAUUGGUGAAAGCCCGACCUUCAUCCCCAAGUGAAGAUUUGAACGAUGAUACGCUUCUCUUCGAGAUGUUCCAUGGGACGUCCCCGGAGAAUGCUUCUUCGAUCGAGCGGCAUGGCUUUAGACCAUCGGUUGGCGGGAUGCUGGGACCUGGCAUCUAUUGUUCCCGGGACUUACGGAAGGCUCGCCGGUACGGAAGUGUCGUGUUACGGUUGGCUGUAUCUCUGGGCCGUGUAAUCACGAUAAGCUACAGAGGCCAUCCCCUUCAGACAACGUGGCAAACUUUCGAGGGCGGCUGCUUUGAUGCAGCAUGGGUUCCCCCGCAGUGUGGUGUGGUUCCUUCAGGUUUGGAGGAGAACUGCGUCCGAUCGCCAUCCCAGAUCCAGGUGCUCGGACGUGUGAAUCUCGCAAAUGGAGCCUUGUUCUGA